UAACGAGUUCACAACCGCCGCGAGUUCUCGUAAAAAUUCUGACGGGUUACCUAAUGGUCAAUCAAGAUGUCUAUUGUCCGAAAUCCACGGAUACUCCGUUAGUGGUCAGUUCAAUAGCCAAGGUGAUUAGGUCGGUCUACGGAUGAUUCCCGCUUGUAAACUUAACAAAUUUUGUAUUUGUUUAAUUUUUUAACAAAAAUAUAGUUGUAUAGUUUACUAAAAACUCAUUGGAAGCCGCACCUAAGAAAACAUGGAUAAUAUGCUGGCAGUUGUGCUGUGUUUAGCCGGUAUUGUGCAGGUUACCGUCGGACAGAGGUUUGGGAGAUGGAAUCAGGGGACUCGAUUUGACACUAACUGGCGCCGUCCGACCUUGUCAUCAAGCCAUGGUGGUGCUUUCGACAGACACCGUGACUCAUUCUCCAGCAUGAGAAGUGGUGUAGGCCGGGACGAUAGACAGGUGAUUCGGGUCCUCGAUCGUGGUUCCUUUAGCGACAGAUUGAUGAGCAUAUCGCGAAACUCCGGAACAGGAAGCAGAUCAUGGGGUCGUGGAUCACAAAUUGCCGUCGAGUUUGACACUAGAGGGCGUUCCCAGUCACGCGGCAGUUCUCGUGGGUUCUCCAGAUUUGGGGAUUCCGGAUUUCGGGAUGACGUGCGCGGAUUCAGAUCUUCCGGUGGACCUUCAAGAUCGUCCUUCGACAGUUUUAAUUCAAGAUCUUCUCCAGAUAUCAUAAUGAUCAGCUCCCGCUCCCAGUUGGCGGACAGGCGCAUGCGCAAUGACCAAGGAGGUCAGUUCACCGAUAUUGGAAGGCAAAGUUCGUCGCAGCCCGUCAUCAUUCGACCACGUGACCAGGCUUUGUCUCGAUCUGAAUUUAUCCGUAGCUCCCGCCCUUCACACGACAACCUUAUGCAUGUCGACCCUAUAAAUUCUUCAUCACAUAUCUCGGCUCCACGAGAGCAAUGGAAGGAGAUGAAUGUCCCACAACUCAAUAGUGGUUUUGAUACUCGUGUCAGCAACCAACCGACAUCUCCGUCACUCAACAACAACCCCAGCCCGUCCACAAAUACAGGGACACGUUCAGCGGACAUCUUCAGCCAGAUAUCUGCGCAUGUCAAUCCAGCCGGAAGUAACACCAUGUCAAGUCAGAGUACAAGUUCGAAUAUUACAAACAAGGGACCGCAGUCCACAGUUCCAAACAGCAUAUCUGCUGCGCAGGCGCCGGCCAGUUCUUCACUUCAAAACGUUUUAAUGUCUCUAGUGGGAUCUCUCGAUGUGAAUUCCCACAGGUUCCCACGACCGACGGAGGAACCCCCGGAACUGGAGGAAUUACUCAUGCAAAAACUGAUGGCAAGGGUACGAUAGGCCAAAGGUAUAUGACGUCAUAAUUUCAUAUCUAAACGACUGUAGCAUCUCGCAGCUGAAAACGUCUAUUAACAGAAUGAUAUAGAGGAGCCUUUAAGGGAUGAUACCUGAUAUUUGACCAUUUUGGAAUUAGACUUUUCUUCCGUUGGCAUGCUAAAACAUACAUUGUUACUCGUUUAUCUUAAUUACGGCCUAGUUCGGAUGAUGACAGAGUUGUCCUUUACAUCCGUCCUCACACAAUUGUUGUUGCGAGACUUUUAAUAAAACGAUGAAUUUGUCAACAUCUUUGGGUUUUGGAAAUAUGAAACGUCUAUGACGUCACAGGGCACGAAUUGUGAAGUCUUAACCACGUUUUAGAUGGUUUACGGAGUGUUAAAGACCGCGUCUGACAAAAUUGUGAAAUAUUUAUAUUUAUAAAUUAUUGCAAUAUAUAUACAUCACCACGUAGGUUAGAAAGUGUGUAGUGUAAUUUAUUUAUACUUUUAUUUAAAAUGUCAUAAUAAAAAUCACCUUUUUGUAUAUAGAAAACGAAUAAUGUACAUACAGUUAGAAGUAAUUGGACAAAAUAUAUAUCAACCAUAUCAUGUAAUUGCAGAGCAUUUUCUCAAGAAUUGUGUCUCCUAUAUUAAUGAGUAAAAAGAUAAAAUUGAAUAUCUUAGUUUGAUUGUUUUAAUUCUUAAAUAUCUAAAUUAUUACAGUUACGUUGACGUUGUAAUGUUAUGUACAAGAGCUUGGUUUUAACACAUUUUGUAGACUUUAGAUUAUUUAAAAAAAAA